AACCCAAAGGAAGUGUGGUCACAAUCAACAUUGACUGGACAGUAGUUGAUAGCAAUAAAUUGCCGAAGUUAAAAAGAAAGCUCAAAAAUGAAAAUAAUUGUUCAAGUUUGUGUGCUCCUCACCGUUCUGGCUUUUGGAUAUUCGGCAAGCUCUACAUGGGGUAUACACAAUGCCACCGAUUCCAUUAUUCUCAACAAACGUGUCUUUUAUCCUGCUAUACGAAAUACUAUACAGACAUACUACUUCGAUGUGCCAGAGUCGUACCAGAGCAACAACAAAGUAAUCAGUGCCAUUUACUUGCAAGAUCAAUUCCAAAACAGCUCGGGCCCAAGUAACUUUUUAUACGCAGGAGGACCUGGUUGGACUUUUGCAUCGAUACAAAUGAGAACUCAGACUGGUUUCGGUCUAAAUGUGACAUUUGUUAUUUAUGGCAAAUAAAUAAUUGUGUUAAUUAAUAUAAAAAAGCAAAAA